CCCAAAUUAUAUAGAGAUUUGAGACCUCUGCGCAUGUUUUGUUUUGCAACGGGAAGGUGACUGUAAACCAAACGCAUGGGUCGUUAGCGAUAUCAUUCACUGAAGAUGUUAGCUUCAUCUACAUACCCAGUCAUUAUGUUGUUAUGGAAAUGCUUACAUUUUCUGUCAUUUUACGUUUGACAGACGUUUUAGAGCUCUAUGUCGCUUACUGCCAUGCAGUAGUGUGAUAACGUUACCUAGGGAGCUAGCACACUCUGUCAUUGAACUGGCUCGCCAUGCAAUUAAGCUUCCAUCACUAGUCAGUUAAUUAAUGUAUUAAAAUAAUUUCAUCUUUGUAAAAUGGCAUGCAAAUACAAGACACUGAUUCGGAGUGGUUGGUCUUUAUUGAGACCAUGCUCAUUUGGAAGAACUGCACUACAGUGUUCUCGUCAGCUGUGUGCCACUGACGUUAAACGAAUCACGACUUCCUGGACCUGUGCAUCACACAGACACAUCUCUAACAGCACUUCAGGCAGAAAUGACUUUUCUUUGAGAACACAUUCUUGUGGAGAAUUAUGCUUGACACACAGUGGACGUGAAGUAACACUGUAUGGCUGGGUGCAAUAUGUGAGACAGGAUUUAUUUCUGAUCUUGAGGGAUUUCAGUGGACUGGUGCAAAUUCUUAUCCCCCAGGAUGAAUCUAAACAGGUCCUGAGGAAAACUCUUUUUGAACUGCCCCUGGAGUCUGUUGUCAUGGUGAGGGGAAAGGUACAGCCUCGUCCAACAGGGCAGGAGAAUAAGGCAAUGUCCACAGGAGAGAUUGAGGUCUGCGCUGACAGCUUGGAGGUUUUAAAUAAAUGCCGAAGAUUACCAUUUGAAAUUAAAGACUUUGUGAAAAAGUCCGAAGCCCUUCGAAUGCAAUACCGGUACCUUGACCUUCGCUCAUCACAGAUGCAGUACAAUUUAAGAGUUAGGUCUCGUCUGGUGAUGAAAAUGAGAGAAUACCUUUGCAAUCUACAUGGAUUUGUGGAUGUGGAAACACCAACCUUAUUUAAAAGAACCCCCGGUGGUGCCAAAGAGUUUGUUGUACCUUCCGGGGAGCCUGGGAAAUUUUAUUCAUUACCUCAGAGCCCACAACAGUUCAAACAGCUGCUCAUGGUGGCAGGCAUAGACAGGUAUUUUCAGAUGGCUCGCUGCUAUCGAGAUGAGGGCUCUAAGCCUGACAGACAGCCGGAAUUUACACAGGUGGAUAUAGAGAUGUCUUUUGUGGAUCAGGCUGGGAUCCGGGCCCUGGUCGAGGGCCUGGUGCAGUACUCGUGGCCAGAGGAGAAGGGGGCCGUUAGCGCUCCGUUCCCUUCCAUGACCUAUGAAGAAGCCAUGAGAGAUUAUGGAGUGGACAAACCAGACACCAGGUUUGAAAUGAAGCUUGUAGAUGCUAGUGAAGCGUUUGGGAACACUGAAAUCCAGUUUCUUCGGGAUGCACUUCAGCAAUCGGGAGGCUGUGUCCUAGCAAUCCGUGUGCCAGAUGGAUCUAAACAUCUUAAGGGUAAAGACUUACAAGCCCUGAAAGAGACUGCCAAGACACAGUUCAACCAGGACGUGAGCGUGGUGGCGGUGCGGCCCGACGGCUCCCUGAAGUCCCCCCUCGCCAGGCUCCUGUCGGACUCGGCCCGGCUGCAGCUGCUCCAGAUGGCGGGGGCCAGCGCUGGAGACCUGCUCCUCCUCGCCGCCGGCGCCAGGGACUCCGUGCGCCCCCUCCUGGGCAAGUUGAGGCUGCAGUGCGCCGACCUGCUGGAGAGCCACGGCGUCGCGCUGCGCGACCCCUCUGUCUUCCACCUCCUGUGGGUGGUGGACUUCCCGCUGUUCCUCCCCAAAGAGGGCCGUCCAGAGCAGCUGGAGUCGGCUCACCACCCCUUCACCGCCGCCGUCCCGGAGGACACCCAUCUGCUGCACUCUGAGCCUCACAAGGUGCGUGGCCAGCAUUAUGACCUGGUGCUGAACGGCAGCGAGAUCGGAGGAGGUUCAAUUCGCAUUCACAGCGCCUCCGAGCAGCGCCACGUUCUCCAGAACAUCCUCCAGGAGGACGUCUCCUUGCUCGCUCAUCUCCUGGAGGCUCUCGACUCCGGAGCUCCUCCUCACGGCGGCAUUGCCUUGGGACUUGACCGGCUGGUAUCCAUUAUCGUGGGUGCCCCCAGCAUCAGGGAUGUUAUCGCCUUCCCCAAGUCCUUCCGGGGUCACGACCUGAUGAGCCGAGCGCCUGACUUUGUGUCUGAAGAGGAGCUGAAGCCUUACCACAUCAAAGUGACUUGGCCCGAGGGGCACGAGUAGACACCUGCCACUAAUGCCAGCCUAUUACUCCCGGCUAGAGAGGUCUGUGAAUGUGUCUGAGUGCUCCUUCUCCUGGCGGGAGAGAGGAUUUAGCCUGUGUGGGAAUGAGACAUGGAGGGACUUAUCGCCAGCCCUCAGCCAGAAGGAAGACGGAGGAAGGUAUCGGGGGCUGAGCUGUUUGAGCUGAGCGCGCUGAAUACAGCAGCCUCCUUUAUUCUCUUCACUAAAAUAGAUUUAUAUUCACGAUGAUAUUUCUGUAUCGUGCUGUUUUUGUAAUAAAAUAUAAUACGUG